AUGUCGCAGCAUCCCCCAGCGUCCGCAAUAGGCGGUCCGCCUCGCACCCAACAAUGGCCUCGCUCACAUAUUUUCCCGUCAACCUCCAUGCCAUCGUCACUUGCAACCCAUCUACCCUUCAGUCAGGAUAUCUCGUCAGCUCACCAGCCGCAAGACAACGGCAACCAACCCUACAACUAUAACGACUUGACCAAUAUCAAUAUGACGUCGAGUCUUCCUGGGUUAGGAGGUCCUGUAGCGGGAUUCCCUCUACCACCACCACCCUUCCCCUUCAUGGGCCAGUUUACACCGUCACAGUUUAACACUCCUUCGUUCCCGCCCAUCCAGAUGCCUCCGUUGAGAUACCCGCCAUUGUCGAUUCCCGCAGCCAACAUCCAAGCGCCGAGUCGCCCCUCGUCGGGUGAUCUUCGUUCGCAAGCCAAUUCGGUAUCCAUCAAUGAUGCUGACUCUCGAGCCGCCAGAACACCGAUCACGCGGAAGGAUUAUGAUCGAGAAGAAGGUGAACUUACCGAUAUGGAGAUGACCAUGCCCACAAGUUCAGAGAAUGCAGGCUUGGCCGAAACCCGAGACGAUGCAAUACCGUCGACCUUGACGCAGCAAAACGGGUACACGACAGGCACUUGCAACACUACUACUUUGGCUAGGGACAAGGAAUCCAGAAGGAGCCCCGCGGCGAAAAGCUGCGACCCGUCCACCCUAGACCUCGAGGAAGGCGAGGCGUCCUCAACUGGAUCGCACAUAUCGGCGAGGGAAUCUGAGUCACCGUAUGAUCCUCCAGGUUCUGGCAACCCUGACCCAUUCAUGUCGAACGGUGCUUCCGGCGCUUCAUCCCACGAAGAUACUUCUUUUUCAGCCACAAAAGAUGUUUCUGGGCCGCACGGAAGCGGGAAAUUAGUGGCGCAGCUUCGAAUUCAAGCGCAGGGCGCGCUUCUGCGCUUAGCACCCCACAACAUUCGUUACAGUGAGUUGGUAAGAGAGGGGAUCAAUCCGGCUGUACUUAGGCAGCUCUACGAGGAAGUUGGAAUCAGAGUCCCUACACCACAACUAGAGGGUGUAUCUCCAGCUAUCAAUCCGCCUACCAAACCUGUUGAUGUCCCAGGAAAACCGGCUGGUGCCGGUCUUGACUCGGCUUCGAGCAGCAGUGUUGAUAAUGGACCUGCUCCUGUGGCGUUGGAUCGCUCUAAAGGAGAAACAGAAACCCCAGUGGCAGCAGCAGCGGCAAACGCACCUGCCCCUGCUCCUACCUCUACCAUCCAGCACAGCACCACUGCGAAACCAUUGGAAAGGAAAGAAGUCAUUGCGCGUAUGCUUGCUGCGAAAGCUGCCAAGACUUCUGGAAUGCCCUCAACCCCUCAAACUGACUCUGCAAAAGAAGCGCUAUCGUCCGAAAGCUCGGUCUCUGCCCUCGUUGGCAAAGACACGCCUGCGAGUUCUGGGCGUGAAACCCCUCCUAAGGAGAAGGACAUACGCACAAGAGAGAAGAAUAAGGCGAAAACAGAACUAGCCCGACAGCGAAUCGAGCAGCUCAAGAAGCAGGGUUUGGUGAGAAGUCAGCAAAAAGCGCAGAUAGAUCCCAUGCGUCGUGAUGAAAUACCCCAAAGCAACGGAAACAGCCCGGCCCCGGUGUCUCAAGUAUCCAACACCCCAAUGAUUCAACAUCCACUACCUGACAGACCUCCUGACCCAGAAUCCACUGUUCCGUCCCGUAUCCCUGGACUAUUUAUGACAGAGUUAUCAGAGCCGUCUGGUACACGGGUCCGUGGUUUGGUUAUUGAUUCGACGCCACAACCCCAUGUCAAUCAACGCAAGCGUCCAAGAGCGUCUGACUUUGACGAGCCUUCACUUACGCUGAAGGGGUCCCACAACGGAGUGAAUCACAGUGCGACAGAGGAUAGACUGAUCAUUGAAGUCAGUGAUGAUGAAUUUUAUGGUGAUGACGAGAAUGAGAAAAUGGAGAUCGAUCCCGCCGGAAAGACGACACUGGAAGGCGGCUCAAUAGGCCCUGAAGGUUUGUCCGGAACGGUUCCUUCGUCGGCCGACUUUCUUCCUCAACGCCCUGUUGCGUCAAGUCAAGGAAUAUCCGCAUCUGCUACACCACAAAGUCACAAGAAUCUUGAUCAAGAGGACCUUCGAAAGAAGGAUCUUGAAAUUCAGGCAAUGCGUCGGCGAAUCGCAGAACUUGAGCAACGGAAGAAAGCCAAGUUAGCAGCAAGUCGCACACAAUCCCCUCGUCCUUCAGAAGUAGCGGUUUCAUCUUCUGCAAUCAGCCCAACUUCAGUUGAUCAAGAACGCCCAACAAGCAAUGUCAUCUCAGAGCCUGUGGAUCAUAAAUUGCCUCCUCAAUUGGCUCUCUUGAAAGCUGAUACCGAAGCCAUUCCUUCAGUUCCAGUAAAUAAUCCGGUUAACUCCGAAAAACUUUCGUCGGAAUCGAUCGCGCGGAUCUCGGCCCUCAAGGAUAUCGACCACCUCAAUGAGAUGCGCUCGAAAUUGUUGCGUAAGAAGGAAAUUGAAUCUGGUGUUCCCGCUCUGGAGGUCGAGAUUCAAAAGUCUGAAGCUCGGCUUGCUGAAGUCAAGCUAGAAGAGCAAAACCUCCUGCAUGACAUUGCCAAGGGGAAGGAAGGGAGACAACAACUUCUAGAUGAACUGCAUAGUCUCGACCUGGAGUUGAAGGGCCUCACUCUAGAAGAGCUGGAAAUAGCUCAACGUGCGUUGGAUGCGAAGGAACAAGUCCAAGCAUCAGAUAAAGGUUCAACGCAUCUUCAAAGCUGUGAGGCAAGGUAUGGUUCCUCGUUGCCAGACAUCCCUGCUACCGAGUCGCGAAGUCAAGGCGCGGCAUGUCCUGUCGAAGGAUCUCCGGGUUCUCGUCUGGCAUCUGGGGCGGAACCCUCUGCUACCUCAGAUCUGUCUUUGGAUGCAGAGAGGUCUGACCACGCUGUGGACCCUGCAAACGAUGCAGCCUCUUCUUCACCUUCAGAAUCUCUAGGCUCCGCGAUGGAUGAGUCUGCCGAUUCCAGUGAAGAUUCUGUGCCAGCUGAUCACGAAGAGCCCAUGGAAUGCGAAACACCCACGCCGGAGCCUAGUCUGCAUGCAGCUUUGAGUGGCAUCCCAGCGACUGAUCGGAAGCCUGUAGAGGAUGAGAUGACUCCUGACCACGCUCUUUCGGAACAGCAGCGCACUCUCCAUGCCCCUGAUGCAGGAGAUGCAGGGGAUGUAUUUAACCCCAAUGCGGAUGAAGUUCAAAAACUCGAAAAGCAAUCUUCUCGCGAAUCUUCCAUCUCCGACGCAUACGAGCCACCAGAGCCCGAAGCGGAAAGCAGCCCUUCCGAUUCUGUCUAUACCCCCCCUUUCAGUCCUGUUUCUCUUGCUUCCGUAAAGUCUGCAGAGGUUUCUCGGUUCGAGAGAGCUGAUAUGCCGCUAAUGGGAAAGGUUCAGGAAGUGGAAGUUCAGCCAGGAACCAGCUCCCCGCAUGGGCUCUCGAAUGAUGAAACCCAGGAGGAGAAAACUCCCAGAUAUACUCCCUACGUUAGCCCACUGAGAUGGUUCAAGGCUUACCGCUACCACCCUAGAUUCACUGAGAAUGUCUCGGGCGGCUUUCGAUCCCUAACAUACAGCCACAACAUCGAUUCUGAAAAAUAUCUCUGUCCCUACGAGGCUACUGGCGGUGUCUGCAAUGACCGGUCAUGCGACCUCCAGCACUUUCGUGACAUAACUCUUAGCGAUGACAAGAUCCUCGUCCAGAUGGGUUCACUUCGAGAGGGCAAAACGCCUGAAGAAAAGGACCAAUAUAUUGCCGGGCUGAAACAAAUCAUUAAUGAUAUGCGGCGCGACAAGGUGAAAGAUUUCAAUACCGUGGCCACGGAAAUUGCUGCAUACCGUAGACGCUUCCUCCAAGAUCCAUCACGUGUCUUGCCCUUGUAG